AUGUUUCAUAGAAGUGGUAGUAGAUUGGCAGGAAGAAUAAUACAGACUUCGAGAAGAUCCUUUCAUGAUGUGCCUGUUUUAAAGAAUCAAGAUCAAUACGUUAUCAAUGGUAUUGAAGGAUUAUAUUCCUCCCAUGGAUUUCAAUCAGCAUGGAUCAAUUAUCAAAAAUAUUUAACGUUGAAUUUAUCAUUACAUACUAGUGGGAGUGAAAAUGAAUUGAAAACUCCAUUUCAAAUCUUAUUAAAUACAGCAAAGCAAACUACUGAACAACAUAUUUUCCAUUAUGCAUCUCAAGCUCAUAAUAAUCAUCUCUUUAUGGAACAAUUCAUACCUAAAUCAGAAGCAGAAAAGACCAGACCUUCUCGAUUAUUAUUGGAAAGAUUAUCAUAUCAAGAUAUCCCUGAUUUGGAAACAUUUAGAGAAAGAAUGUUAUUAUUAGCUGAUUCAUCUUUUGGUCAAGGAUGGGUUUUCUUAGUUGAAUUACCUAAUAAAUCAUUAAAGAUUAUAAGAUGUAAUAAUGAUGGUACACCAUAUUAUUAUGGUAAGAAUCAAUCUUUGGAUUUGAAUGGUGGAGUUGAUGAAGGUAGUUUUGAAUAUUUAAAUGGAUUAAAGGAAAGAGCUAAGAAUGAUGAAAGAGAUUAUACUUUACCUAUUUUAGCUAUAAAUUGUUGGGAUCAAGCUUAUCUUAAUGAUUAUGGUGUUACAGGUAAAGCUGAUUAUUUAUCAAACUUAUGGGAUUGUAUAAAUUGGGAUGUUAUUAAUAAAAGACUUUUCCAAGUUUAA